AGUUUAGAGCUAGGCGAGCGGCGAUGGCAGACGCGUAUUCUUUCGCCCUGGUCGUCGACCUUGAUGGGGAUAAUAUCCCCAAGCUGAAAAACAAGUUAGUCAAAUAUUUUCAGAGUAAGAAAUCUAACGGUGGCGACUGUCAAAUCGAGCAUGAGGACCGCAGCGCAACAGCGGUGCUGCGCUUCCGAACAGAGGAGGACCGACAGAGAGUUUUGGAGAAAAAGGCGCAUGAGAUCAAGCUGGAGAAAGGGGUGCUGAGGAUGACUGUGCGCUUACCUGAGGAGGAAAAGUCACAACCCCAGGAAACUCCAUCUGAUAACCUCAACAAGACAUUAGGUAAUGAUCAGCUUCACAGUGCAUCACAUAAUAAUGACCAAAGGGACAGCCAUCACAAGCCAUCAGCUAAACGGAGGGCAGAAGCUGAUGUAUCACCAAGCAAAGAGAUAGCCCCCAAAAAGCAAGUCGUUGGUGGAGAUAAAGGCACACCUGUCGCUGUAAGCCAGACAGAAACAGACAGCAGAGACGAUCAGACAGAAGAUGACAAGCGGUGCUCCACCUCAGCUGUUUUAGAAAAUAUUCCGCACAGUAUGAGCCAUGAGUUUCUGGAGAUGCUGGUGGAGAACAUUUUAAAGAAUUGUGACUCUCCAGCUGCUGCCCAAAACUUCAGUUUGGAGGUCAUGCCUGAAAUCUCCUCUGCUGUGGUGAAUUUUCAGAAUGGAAAAGAGAACACUGAUUUCAUGUCCAGCUGCCCCAAGAACAGGAUGUUCAAGAGUAAGCAAUUAUUUGUAAGACCUCUUGAAGUGACAGCCAAAGUCAGAAUCGAAGACAUUCCAGCUGUCAGUCAAGAUCACCUCCUCCUGUAUUUUGAGAAUGAGGGCGUGGAUGUGGAAGAAGUCAUGCUUAAUGAAGAGGAACAGUCCGCAGACAUCACCUUUAAAACCCAUACAGAUGUCCUCAAAAUCAUCAAGAAGAAACACAACAUCCAACAGAAACUUGUCAAAGCUUUUCCAUAUUAUGAAUCUUUGGGAUCGGCCCUGUAUGGCAAAGACAGACCCACCCUAAACCUCCCCGAUGCCUUCUCUGAGAGCAUCGAUCAUGCUAUCUGGACAUACCUUCAUGACAAGCCUGAAGCUGCAGAAACCAUUCAUGGUGAUCUGGCAAAACACUUUUGCGAAGUAGACCUCCGGCAGUCUACCGUACACUUCAGCCCGUUACCCUCACUGCUUCAUCGAAAAGGUGUCAAAGCCAAGGACAUCACAGAGUGGACACAAACAGUAAAGACAGCUUUCACACAGUCUUUGACCAAAUUUGAUUCCCUGAAGUUUCAGCCUGAGAUGAUGGCAUGGGAAGAGGCAGAGAAGAAGAUCAAAGAGGCGCUGUUGAAUGAGGCUGUAGUUGUAGUCCCUGAUAAAGCCAGAGGUUUCUUGUCAGUGGUUGGCUUUGCAGGUGAUGUGAGCAAACUGGAGCAGACUGUUGAGGAAAUCUUAGAAGAGAUUGGCAAAAGGGUACAGAGGGAGAAGUUGAUCGUAAUAGAUGAAAUCGAAGUGUCACCAUCUAUUUUCCACAUCCUAUGUCAAGGCGGUCUUCAGGACAAGGUACUAAAUGAUUAUCCAGAACUAAAAAUGUCAUACAAAAAGGAGAGCCAGAGGUUGGCAUUGAGAGGUUUAAACCAUGAGGUUCUGGGUGUAGUUAAAAGGGUAGUUAGUGGCGUGACAGCGUUGAAACGGCGGAUUUUAGAGGUAGAUCAGUUUGUGCUUGAGUUUUUGAAUGGUGAAGAUCAAGAAGAGCUUACAAGUGUUCUUCUCACUUCUAAGAAAAUAGAUGCAGCAUUUGAGGUGAGUGCGGAGACAGUGCAGCUCCUCGGUAUUGCAGACAGAGCUCUGGAUGAAGCUGAGACUCAACUGAAGACACUGCUGAUCUCUCAAUACAUUGAUGUUGAAGAUAGCAAUGUCUUGAGGAAAUCAGAGUGGCAGAACCUGGUGACUUGUUUGGAGGAUGACAACAAUUCUUCAUUUAGGAAAAUUAUGAUUCAGACAAUUGAUCGUCAGACAAAUCAGCAGGUAGUGGUUACAGGCUAUAAGGACAGUGUUAAACCAGUUAGCAGUGAACUGGAUGACUUCUUACAACAGAAUGCUGAAGUUGAAGAAAGUGUUGUGGUCAAGCCCAACAUCAUAGUCACAUAUAUUGAGGAAUACCACAGAAAUGCUUGGCUGGACCAAGUGAAGGACAAAGUGAUGGUUUCCUUCAGGAAAGAGAAGAUCUGUCUAAGUGGCUCUAGAAUCAAUGUCACAAAUUGUAAGACCUUGUUUGAAGACUUGGUGUCCUCAGUGUAUAUUCAUAACUUAAAAAUUUCCAAACCUGGAGCAAAGAAGUUCUUCCAGGAUAAAAAAGCCAUGUAUGUCUCCUCAGUCAUGAGUGAAACUGGUUGCUUGGUCCAGUUAGUUGAUGAGAACUCUGGUAAACAGGAUCAGUUAGCUUCAGGGAAAAUGCCAAAACCAGUAUACCACAUUGACACAGCAGAUGGAGUAGAAAUAGCUGUUUACAAAGCUGAUUUGUGCAGUCACCCAGUGAGUGCAGUUGUCAAUGCUUCUAACCAGAACUUGCAACAUGAUGGAGGUCUUGCAAAAGCACUUCUGGAUGCUGCUGGGCCCCAGUUGCAAGAUGAAUGCAACAAAAUAAUUAACUCAAAUGGACAGCUCAAUCCUGGAGACUGUGUCAUGACUGAUGCAGGCGGGCGUCUUAGUUGCAAAAAAAUCAUCCAUGCAGUUGGACCUAGGUUUGAUCAAGCAAACCCCCAGAGGGCCAUGGGGCAGUUGAAAAGAGUUGUCAAAGGAAGCCUAGAACUUGCUGAAGCACACGGCUGCCUCUCAGUGGCGCUGCCUGCCAUCAGCAGGAGCUUGGGAUUUCCUCUUAACUUGUGUGCAGAAACUAUUAUCAGAGCAGUGAAGGAACACUGUGAUGACAAGUAUGGUGAAAACACCCUGAAGAGGAUCCAUUUAGUGAACAAUGAUGACCAUAGUGUUCAGGCAAUGGAUGCGGCUGUCAGAAAGGAGUUUGGACGGCAGGAUGUUAGUCAUUCUCAACACAGCCAGCCUAGCACAUCUACCCAGACUCUGCCUGUGAAACAUGUCCCAAAUACGAGUAGCUCAGAACAAGCAGUGACCAAAGAGGGCUUGAACAUCAUUCUGAAGAGAGGGAAUAUCCAGGAUGCCACGACGGACGUGAUUGUGAAUUCUGUGGCCGAAGAUCUUGACCUGAGAAGAGGAGCAGUUUCUUGUGCCCUCUUUGGUGUUGCUGGACAGAAACUUCAGGAGUUGGUUAGGGAAAAACAAAAUAAAGCAAAUCUUGGUGAUAUCAUAAUUACUGAUGCCUGCAAGCUGAAGAGCAAGCAAGUCUUCCAUGCAGUUGCCCCUCACUGGAACAAUGGAAAAGGCGCAGUUUCUAAGAUACUGAGUGGGCUUUUCAAGGAUUGUUUGGGCCAUGCUGAGGACAACGGUCUGACCUCCAUAUCCUUCCCUGCCAUUGGCACAGGGAACCUGGGCUUCCCUAGAGACCUCGCAGCAUCUUUAAUAUUUGAUGAAAUCUUGAGCUUCAGCAGUAAGAAACAACCUAAGCACCUGAAGACAGUAGUGAUCAUCCUUCACCCAAGUGAUGCACAGACAAUUCAGGCUGUCAUGGAUGAGUUCAACAAAAGGUUCUCUACUACCUCAGGUGGCCCAGUGCCAUCAACUACAACACAGAGCACAGGUCCCUUUUCAAAAAUCACUUCCAGCUCAGGAAUGCAUGAAACCAAAAUGGGAAAUGUGACUGUACAGAUUGUCACAGGGGACAUAACCAAGGAGGUGACUGAUGUCAUUGUCAACUCCUCCAAUGACAGCUUCACUCUUAAGUCAGGAGUAUCCUUGGCGAUUCUGAAUGCAGCUGGACCGGCUGUGGAAGCUGAAUGCACGGUCCUUGGAGGCCAGCCAAACCCAGGCAUCAUACUGACCCAACCAGGCAACCUGAAGUGUAAGAAUAUCCUCCACCUGGUUGGACAAACAGACCCUGUGAAAAUCAGCAAGAGUGUGAAGGCGGCUCUUCAAGUGUGUGUGAAUGGCUCAUACACUUCCAUCUCCUUUCCUGCUCUUGGUACAGGCCAAGGCAACGUACAAGCAAGCCAGGUGGCAGAUGCCAUGUUUGAUGCAGUGGUCGAUGUACUGAGCCAGGCCAAUCCCAACCCUCUGAAGAUGAUUCGGAUAGUCAUCUUCCAACAAGGCAUGCUGAAAGACUUCCACACCAGUAUGCAAAAGAAAGAAGUCAGUGACACGAAAGACAAAGAGGGGCUCUGGGGAAAAAUUAAAGCAUUCUUCACUGGAGGAACUACUGGCAAGCCACAGAAGGAUGAAAAUUUCGUCAUUGAUGGUCAGGAAGUUGAACCUGCUUGCUUCCAUAUUUGUAGUGACUCUCAGCCCAAAGUUGACGCAGCCAAGCAGUGGAUCGGUGACUUAAUAUCCAAGGAGCAGCAAACCAACCACUUUAAAGACAAAGCUAUCCUUAGCCUUUCCCCUGCAGACCAACAGCGCAUUAUUGACAUCCAGAAUACCACAGGUGUGAACAUAAAGAUUGAAUAUAAGAAGCCCGAUGCAAUGCUCACCAUCGAGGGACUCAGCAAGGAUGUGCUCAAAGCUACCAAUGAGAUCCAUGAGAUGUUGAAGAGGGUCAGAGAUGAGGAGCAUUUCAAAAAGAAUGUGGACCUGGCUGGGACUCUGGUGGACUGGCAGUACCAGCAGCAAGGACUUCAGUUCAACAGCUUUGACCCAGAGUCCAACUACCACCUUGAAGAUGCAUUUGAGAAGAAACUGCCCCAUGUAUCCAUCACUGUCCAGGGUCAAGAUUACAAGGUCACCAUGCCAAAUGGACCUGCUGUAAAUGCCUCAGGAAAUACUCUCAAUAUCAGGCGUGUUGACAAACUAACAGCUCAAGAUCCAGCAAGCCUGCCUCAGCACUGGGAUCCCAUGCCAGCCAACACGUCAUGUCAGGUCAUCACCAUCCAGCCAGGAACAACAGAGUACAAUGAAGUCCUGACCCUCUUCCAGGCCACAUGCACACUAACGGUCAUGAAGAUCGAGCGGAUCCAGAACCAGAUCUUGUGGAAGAGUCUUCAGAUUAAGAAGCAGGACAUGGACCAGAGAAACGGUCACCAGAACAAUGAGAGACGGCUUUUCCAUGGCACCUGCUACACGACUGUAGCUUACAUCAAUCAGCAUGGAUUCAACAGGAGUUAUGCAGGAAAAAAUGCUGCUGCCUUUGGCAAUGGCACAUACUUUGCUGUUGCAGCUAGGUACUCUGCAAGCAACACUUACUCCAGGCCAGAUCCCCAAGGGCAGAAGUUCAUGUACCUUUGUCGUGUCCUGACGGGAGAUUACACUCAGGGACAGCAAGGCAUGAUUGUGCCUCCAGCCAAGAGCGCCACCUCUGUUCAGCAGUUUGACAGCGUGGUGGACAACAUCAGCACUCCCUCCAUGUUCGUCAUCUUCCAUGACUCUCUGGCUUACCCUGAAUAUUUGAUCACUUUCAAAUGAUAGAGUAGAGCACACCAGAAAUAAGAUGCCUUACAAUAUACUGCCUUACAUUUUAAACUGCCUUAAAAUAUACAGUUAGUGUUUACACUGAUAAUGAUCAGAUAGUCUUUAAGUAAUUUUAACAUUUUUGAAUCACACACUCAAUACCUUUUCACCUUUCACAGUUUUGGCAUGUAGCUGACACUCUUAUUCAGGGAAACUUAACAAUGAGGGCAAUAACAGGUUGAGACUCAGUUCCUAGUUUACAACAUUAUAGGUAAGUACAAGGGUCAGGGCCACAUGAGAGAGGGUGAACAUGGUGUGAUAAUACAAGAGAGCAUUUGUCAAUAUGCUCUUGGUUAUGUGUCAGUUCCUUUCAAAGGUGAUCAAAAUUUUGCUGUCAGUAGAUCAGUGUGCUGUCUGCUUUUGAUUUUGCCUGCUGUUAUAUCUCUGGUAUGUGGCCUUUUGUGAGACAGCAGAGGACAGUUGGAUAUGUUGUUAAUGGUACUGGCUGCUUGAUGGAAAGUACCUAACCUAUUCCUGGAAAUGGUGUGAUGCAAAUCAUGUUGGUGUGAGCAUGGUUAUAUGGCAACUGCCUCUGGAUUUAAAAGGAAAGUGAAAGUUAAUUUGUUCCAUGAAAAAAAAUUAACCGUUGAGUCUCUGAUAUCAUCAUACAAUAAAACUUUAAUUACA